AUGCUGACUUUACUAUCAAGACUAUCUACUGUGUUGGUGAAUUUCAACCAGUUUUUGAUGAUGUUAAAGAUGAAUUAUGCAAGCCAGGGGGAACACGAUCCCACGGCGGAACAAAACAACCAACAUAUCAAGGCGUUGUUCCGUGUCCGAUACCAUCGCAUGCCGCAUAAGGCCAUUCCAAGGAUUAUUACUGAAGCUAUUGCCAAACGAGUUGCACAGACUUCCAACUUUUACCCCGCCAAAGGGGGUAUUUCGGCUUAUUACAGUCCUCAUAUGAUUUUGUUGCGACGCCAAGUUGAUUACUCAAAAGAAUUUGUUGCUGAACUUGGGUUGUAUGUCCGUGGUUAUGGGCAUGAUACUCGCAGUGAUCAUCGGUCACGCACUAUUGAAGCAAUUUACUUGGGACCAGCUGAUAAUAUGCAAAAGGGUCACAAGCUCUAUGAUUUGAACACGAAAAGAGAGGUGACUAGACCUCAAAUUACGGUGCUCCCAAUCACUGAUCAAGUGAUCAAAUUGGUUGAAGCCCAUGCUGCUGAGGAAGGCGUUACAGAUUUACGAACCUAUUCCAGACGCAAUGGAGAAAUAAUUUUGGAUGCUGAUCUGCUUGCAGGAGUGGACCCAGAUGAACUGUGGGACAAAGACUAUGUACCUGCAGAUAUUGAGAAUCCAUCUGUCAAUGACAUGAAUUUGCGCAAGAAUGACGCAAUCUCCGAUGAAGAACUCGAAGAAUUAAUCGAGGAUGCAGCCAAAGAUAUAUUGGAAUCUAGAAGAAUUGAUGAUAAGAGACAACACAAAUAUGAUGAGGCAGAUAGAACUGUCGACCGCAUGCUGCAAAGAAUUAAAAGACGUCAAGAAGAAGACGAUGAAGAGGAUAUGGAUUUUGUGCAGGAUCAGCAACCUGAAAGCGAUAUUGAGAUGGAUAUCGAUGAUGAAGAAUUAAAAGAUAUGAUUGAUGAAGUAGCCCGUGAGUUGGAUAGAUUGAGCCAACCCAUUGAAGAAGAAAUAAUGUUCAGCGUUGAAGAUGAUGACAAUGACUAUGAGGGUGAAUAUGAUGCGGAAGAAAUAGAAGAACUGCAAGAAGCAGAAGACGAACUGCAAGUAUAUCCUGACAAGGAAGAUGAUGUUUGUGCAGGAGUGAGGUUUGAAGAAGUCCCCGUGUUGAGUACAACAGAUGAUUCAAAUAAAGACAAGAAAAGGAGAACACAAAGUGGACAAUCAUUUUAUUCAAACGGAGUCAAGUAUCAACCCACAGAUAGGAAUCAAACUGACAGACCAAGACAUGGUCAGACGUACUUACAACAAAAGAAGCCCAAGAUCAAUUUGUUAAAGAACAGGAGUGCCAUGAGAAAGAAGGCACGGUUGAAGAGAUUACGUAUCUCAUUAUACCAGGCUAUCGCGUCAAAGGUAAAAUCACAAAAGAAAGGAGAGUUUCAAGAUGACAACGUGUUGAGCGCUGAAGCAGGAAGAAAGAUAACCGAACGGGCGCAUAACUUAAUGUUCCAGCAGAGUGGAACUGAGAAGAAAGCGACUUACAAUAUGGAUGAGUCGUUGGUGAUUUCACGCGUCAUGCAACAGAUUUGUGACGAGGUGUACACAAGGGAUGGAGUGUCAUUUAUUCAGCAGUAUUAUCUUAACAAAGGAUUAAAGAUUUUCAAAGAACGGGGAAAAGAAGCUACACUCAAGGAACUUGAUCAACUGAUCAAACGAAGUUGUUGGACACCCAUCAGCAUUGGUGAAUUGACUGAAUCCGAGAAGAGGAAAGCAGUCGAUGCAAUGAUGUUACUGGCAGAGAAAAAUAGUGGUGAUAUCAAAGGUCGUUUUGUAUAUAAAGGAAAUGAGACAAGAGACUGGCUGUCUUGA